AGUAAAAAUAGUCAGCUCAGCAUCACUCAUUCCCGUAAACACCACCUGUUCUUCUUGCUUUGAACUAUCGAUUCUCUCUGAGUUUUCUCUGAAUUUUCUGAUUAUCAGUUUAUCUGAAUUUUCUGAUAUCUUCUGUUUAUCAGUUUAUCGCAUUUAGUAUACGAGGAAUCGAGGCAGGAAUGGAGGGCUGCCCCUCUGGUUAUCGCCCAAACAUUGGCGUCUGUCUCAUCAAUUCUGAUAGUCAGAUUUUUGUGGCUUCAAGAUUAAAUGUUCCAGGAGCAUGGCAAAUGCCUCAGGGUGGAAUUGAAGAUGAAGAGGAGCCCAAAUCUGCAGCCAUCAGGGGAUUGCGGGAGGAAACUGGAAUAGUGUCUGCUGAAAUUGUUGCUGAGGUUCCAAAAUGGUUGACGUACGAUUUUUCUCCUGCUAUCAAGGCUAAAGUGAAUCGUCUCUGGGGAGGUGAAUGGCAUGGGCAGGCACAAAAAUGGUUUCUUAUGCGAUUGACCAAUGAUGAUAGUGAGAUUAAUUUAGCAAAUGGUGAAGCAGACACAGAGUUUUCAGAGUGGAAAUGGGCAAGCCCUGGUGAAGUUAUUGAGCAGGCAGUGGAUUACAAGAGGCCUAUGUAUGAAGAAGUUAUGAAAACCUUCAGGCCUUAUUUGAAUGAAGACGGAAAAGCUGCUAGAUCAUGUAAAUCAUCAAAGUGGUGAACUGGUGUGUUCUUGUAGUUGCUUCCCUCUAGUGUUAUCCUUGACCUCUGGCCCCCAUAAAACUUUCUCCUCUGUAAAUGGACAUGGCUGAUGGCAGCUAGAAUUUCAAAUUAGAUGUUUGUUUUAUUAAUUUUUUGUUGAAGCAUGUGCAGUUACUUUCAGUGUCUUGCAACUAAAAUUGUAAUAACCAUAAAUGUGGAAUCCGUUUUUGUUUGAUGUGGUAGCUUCGGCAUGAUCCGUUUGUGAUUGUGAUCAUUUUUU